UAGUAAGCGCGGGCGCCGCUCGCUUCCAAUAUUAUGAACGGCGAGGGAGGCGCGAGCGCAGUGCUGGGCGGGAAAUUGGAUCGUAAACUUCUCUCGUCUAAAAAAGUGUUGUGCAGAUUUACGAGAAUCAAACAGACAGAGAUUUUCUUAGCACCCAAUAGUGAACUGGAAACUCAUUAAAAUGUGGCGGCAAUUAUAUUUUAUAUUGCCGUUAUUACUAUCAGUGACGUGUAUAAGAGUACCUGUGGACAAUGUGGAGACGAGCACCACAGUGACAGUUACAGAGGGUCAAGGAACUCAGAACACGCCUAUAUAUUACAUCACUGACGAUGCCAAUGUCGACAGCUACCUCACAUCCCCAGACCCACAGAAGCCUGGUGAAACACCAGCUACAGGAGCAGACAGCCUACCAACAUUCCUUGUACCGCCUUCCAAAGAUAAGCAGAUAGAUUACUAUUUACCCAGUGAGCGCAAUAUACAGAGCGACUGGUUACCUAUGAUCGAAAUACAACCGAAUAACCGAAAGGUCCGAUACCAAAGACUGCCUCAUCAAUCCAUUCCAAUUAUUUUCAAUCCUGGCCCAGACGGAGUGCUACCUGUACCGUCGACACAUCUGGAACCUCCUGCAGUUGACGCUGUCAACGAGUUCUUUUUACCCGUACCUGAGGAAGCAGGAAAUAACGCUGAUGCCACUGAAGGUUUACCUGACAAUAAACCGGUUGCACCUGAAGAACCUACUCUAGCGUUACAUUUAACCCCUCCAGUACAAAAACCAAUAAAUGCACCAACUAAACUGUACCCCAAGAAGUUCCAUCUAGUUCGACCCAUCCCCAUUCCCGUAUCGCAGUACGCUGACGAUGUACCAGAACCACCACCAAAAGCUUAUCCCCCAAAAUACUUUAAAUCUCCACCCAGUGCCGAAGUCGAGCAGGCACCGAACGCCGAUAAGAACUUAUUCCUAUUCCAAAAAGCUGAACAUCAACGAAAACUAAAAGAGCAGGAAAUUGCUAAGCAACACCAGUUAGCUGAUGCCGCGGCUGAGGAAACAUAUGGCGAGCCCACUUCAGACGAACAAGAAACUUCGGAAACUAACUUGAGAUACCCCGGACGAAACGCGUACUCAGCUCCUAUCCGUCAAGCCCCGCCGCCUUCCCCCCCUCGUGACGCAGGCCCUGCGGCUCCAGCGCCCGACGGCAGGACGGAGUUUAGGAUGCACGGCAUGAAAGGACCACACAGCUAUCAGUUCGGCUAUGACACGGGCAAAGGGAAAAACCGUCAAUUCCGGUUCGAAGAGCGUGACAACGACGGUAUAGUUAAAGGCCAUUACGGAUACGUGGACCGGUCCGGGAAACUUCGCGUUGUGAAUUAUAGUGCGCAUCCUGAAUACGGUUUCCGUGCUGAAGAACCAGUAGGAGAACAGCCUUGAAUAGUAAACUAAGAACACAGAAUAUUGAUGAUGAUUAAUCGACUAAAAUAUGUUUUUUUUUU